CCACAGACACGCAAAUGUGGCUUGCCCGUACUGGCUGAGGUACGGGAUUGUUGAGAAGCGCGGCGUCUGCGGCAAUCUCAAAACAUGGCGGAUUCUGAACAAUUCAGACUUAAGCGGUUAAAGCAUGAGCAGCAUCUGUCCAGAGUGUUUGAUGAAGUCAUGGGGCUCGGAGACUUUGCUGAAUCCUCCAGAGGUUCUGCCAGUUCUUCCAGGAGUGGAGGUCAGGACGAGACAAAAGAAGUAGAUGAAACGUCAGGAAAAGAAGAAGAAGAAGAAGAGGAGGAAGAAGAAGAAGAGGAAGAAGAAGAAGAUAGUAAUUCCAGUAAACAAGAGGAAAAGAUUGAAGAGCCAGUGGAAGAGCCAGUGGAAGAGCCAGUAGAAGGGGCAGUGGAAGAGCCACCUUUUCCUCCCAUUUCGUCAUCUUCUUCUGACCAACCAUCUUUGUUUACCAUGAGAAGGAAAAAGGGAGGCGGAAGUGGUGGUGCAGCAUUUGAUGAUGCACUGGAUGGUCUUCCUAUGUAUGGGCCAGAAGAAGAAGAUGAGGAUUGGCACUUCGCCUUGCCCGCGGGUUCCCUGGAGGAUGUCGAUCUGGAAAAGAAAAAAAGACAAAUGCAAGCAGAAGAGGGGAACAACUCAAGUGUUGAUGAUUCCUCUGCCCCUGAGCCCAAAGGAGAGGAGCAGGAGGUACAAGAAAAGGGAGAAAGCACCGAGUCUGCCAACACUUCACACUCCUCACAGGACCCCACACCAGAGAACAGCAGAGAUACAGGCAUCCUGAACCAGGGAGAGGACACAGAAGACAGUCAGGAGGGAGAGAGGUCAGCAGCUGGAGCAGAGUACAGUAAUCCCCCAAUGUCUCCAACUGUUAAUAUUAAAGAUGAGCCCAUUGAUGAGGGCUACGACGCCGCUUUACUCCCUCAGAGUAGCAUCAAGCAGAUCAAAGAGGAGCUGGAGCAUCAGGAGGAGGAGCUUAGAAUCAGCUCUGUCUACUCUGUAGGAGGAGCAAACACCUUUGUGGCCCCUACUGUGCCACCGGUAAUCUCAGCCCCACCUUCAACAGCCAUUUUUAUUCCAGGUAGAGGAGCCGUCCUACAAGCGAUGGCUUCCCUUCCUGUCAGACCGACCGCUCAAAUCACAACUUCACUACCCACUCUGGUUCCAGCGCCCCCACGGCCCCCUCUGCCCCCUCUGCCCGCUGUACCAGGAAGUGUUCGCUGCAGCGGCUGCUCGAAGGUUCUGCUGAAAGGCCAAACAGCUUUCCAAAGAAAAGGUUCAACGCAGCUCUUCUGCUCUACCGUCUGUCUAACUGGACAUCUGCCUCUGGCCGCCAAGAACAAAAUCUGUUCCCAGUGCAACAAGGAAAUCCUUCAGCCCCGGGACAUGAUCACGAUUCCGUCGGACGGAAACACCUACCUGAACUUUUGUGGCCAGUUCUGUCUGUCUGUCUUCAGGCACAAGAAGAAAAACGACAAGAUUCCUGACAAGCGGCUGGAGAAGAAGCCAGGGGAGAAAGUGCCUGAGAAGCCUCCAGAGCGGCAGUUGGAGAAACCUUUUUGUAGUGUCUGCAGAGUCACCGGGAGGAUUGAGCAUGAAGUCACCCAUCAAGGUCGCCUGCACAGACUGUGUAGUGAUGCUUGUUUUGUAACAUGGCGCAAGAUUCGUCAGUUAGCCAUGAACUGCUGUGAGGGCUGUGGACUUUACUGUAAUAGUAACUCAGGCUCCUGUCAGACACUCACAGUUGACAGAACUGAGCUGCACUUCUGUGGCCCCACCUGCAUCAGCACCUACAAACCGAGCUGCAGAAAGACAAUCGAGUGUGUCCACUGUUGCAAGAGGGUCGUGGUGUCCUCCACCAUCAUGGAAAGGGACCAAAAGGGCAAAGUUCAACUUUACUGUUCAUCUGCUUGUGUGGUAAAGAGUCGACCAACACGACAUACUCUCAGUGGGACGGCAUUCCCAUGCUCCCUCUGCAAAGUGUCAGCUGUUCCUCAGUAUCACCUGGCCAUGGUGGACGGCACCAUCCGUAACUUCUGUUCCUAUGACUGUGUUACUUUAUUCAGGAAAUCCGGGCAGAUCUCUCACCUAGACCUGACCAAUGGAACCUCCUCUCUCAGGGAUGGCCCCAAAACUGGACUUUCUGCUGGAGCUGGCUCGGUCCCGCCAAACCCUCAGGACAACUCAUCUUCAGCCCCCUACACAAGCCCUUAUCCCAGUCAUACCUCAGUGCCCCCACUAGUGCCUCCGUACCCAGCCAUGUCCUCCCCCACCGUCCCAGGACAAGACCAGGCCAGAGCACCUGCUCUGCCCCAGAAACUGACAGAAGGUGGAAAAGGUGUCCCCACGAAACUGACCUGCCAUCAGUGCAGCAGCCAGUUCAACACUAAGCCACAGCUGUAUAGUCACCAAGGUCGUAUUUCUGUCUUCUGCAGUGUUGCGUGCUCUCAACAGUAUAAAAUCCAGAAGAAUAUCCUGGCACAGUGCGAGUCCUGUAAACAAGAGAAGGUGCCGUUUGACAUAUUCAACUACAACCAACAGGACGUGGUCCUCUGCAGUGAAACCUGUCUACGGCUCUUUAAACAGGGACAGAAGGUUCGUUACAAGGAUCAUCCAUGGCUUUCUUGCUCUUACUGCUGUGGUAUCAGCUACAAGAUGCUGCACAGCCACUAUGGAGGCAAGAUUGAGGAAUUCUGUAAACCCCACUGCAUGUCCCAGUACACUGUACUCUUCUAUGGGAUGGGGAGAUGUGACAGUUGUAGGAAACAGGGCUACAUGACGGAGAAGCUGCAGUGUUUGGGUUCAGUCCGUAACUUCUGUAACCUGCCCUGCCUCCUGCAGUACUGCCACUAUCAUUUUGAGCCAAACCAAAACACCAGCUGUAACGGUACAGAAAAAGCCCCACAGACGCCAUAUGCUCCAACCCAGCCGUACCACUCCUCAGAGAUGAAUCCUGUCAUAGCUGGUGUCAUCUCAUUGGCCAGUGGCUCUGCCACUCAGCCCAGUAUGUCAGCAGAUACUGCUCUGACUGGAACACUUCCAAACUCCAGCACUGACAGCAAGAACCUUGACCACGCCAGUACUCAGACUGAUGCCAUGCGUGUGCCUGUGCCCCGACGACGUCAGAUGAAGAACAAGUCGGUUCUGUGUCGACCCUUCACUGUGGACCAGGAGAGCAUGUGUGAGCUGCCCGCAGCGUCCACUGAAUCAGAAGCGACUUCCUCGGAGAGAGAGGAGAAAGUGAAGGUGGUGAUGAUUCCGGUCCCGGUCCCAGUCCCAGUCUUCAUCCCAGUGCCUAUGAACAUGUACUCCCAACACACGCCUCUACCCGUGGUCCUGCCCGUGCCUUUUCCUGUGCCCUUGGUUGCACCACCACAAAACAAGGACAUGAAAGAUGCAGCUGUGAAGUCUGAGCCUCUGGCUGUGGAUGAAGUGAAGCUCAAUGCUCAGCCUGUUGUUAGUGCAGACCAGAGCAGCUGCAGUCAAGACACGCGGUCUCAAGUGAAGAUGUGUGAAGACGAGGACGCUCGGCAAAAAGCAGCGGACGCUCAUCGGCCUUUGACUGCAAGUUUAGAGACGAGCACAGAGACUGUUGAUGCACAACCUGACACACAGCCAGAGACACACGCAGACACACAGCAAGACGCACAAACAGACUCACAACCUGACAAACGGCUAGAGUCCCAGCCAGACACACAAUCAGACUCGCAUCCUGACACUCAGCCUGACUCACAAUCAGAGAGACAGCCAGACUCACAACCAGACACAAAGCCGGACACUCAGCCAGACUCACAGUCAGACACCACAAUGGCAACUGAACCACCGCCUACCACCAGCGCUGAGCCUCAACCUCCACUGUCUCCGAUGAUGGACCUGGAGACUGACUUCCCGUCUGAACCAGUUGCUCAGAAGUCCUCGGCUCCAAAGCGAGGAGUGAAGAGAGCCAGAGAGGGUUCAUCCAGCAGGAAACGGGGACGAAGGCGGAACGUGUCUGUGGAGCGCAGUGCAGUGGAGAUUCCACCCGGAGCCAAACUCAACCACCUGUAUGGUGUUAAAGCCUGGAAGAGCUGGGUCCAACAACGCAACACACAACCGCCAGAGUCCAAUCAGGUGGACAUUAAAGAAGACAUCCUUCAGUGUGACUCUGCUGAGCUGAGCUUUGCUCUGUCUCGCUUCAUCAGAGAAGUGCGGCGGCCCAACGGAGAGACUUACAGCCCGGACAGCAUCUUCUACCUCUGUCUGGGGAUACAGCAGUAUCUGUUCAUGAAGGGACGGAUAGAGAACAUCUUCACCGACGAGCUCUACGUUCAGUUUGCCACUGAGAUCAGUGGAAUGCUGCAAAACUGGAAGCCCAAAUUACUACAGAGCGGCGACAUCGUCUCCUCUCGCGUUGAAGAAGCGUACCUGUGGGAGUGUAAGCAGCUCGGCGCCUACUCGCCCAUCGUGCUCCUCAACACGCUGCUCUUCUUCUUCACCAAAACCUUCCACCUGAACACGCUGCAGCAGCACCAGAACGUCUCCUUCGUCAACUUCACGCGCUGCUCGCGACCCUGCAGCCGAGCGGGCAAAGUCUUCUACCUCCAGUACCGCGGCGGCGGCUCUGCAGCGGCGCGGCGCGACGACACAGAGCGGCUCAGGAAGAGGCCGACGGAGAGCGAGGGACACCUGGAGAUUCUGGAGAAUGUCGCCAACCCUCUGCACUGUCCCGUCAGACUCUACGAGUUCUACCUGUCCAGAUGCCCAGAGUCAGCGAAGAAGAGGUCGGACGUUUUUUACCUGCAGCCUGAACGGGACGUCCACACACACAGUCCACACUGGUACACGUCUCAACCUUUAGAGGGCGCCACUCUCCAGAGCAUGCUCACACGCAUCCUGGCCGUCAAAGAGGUUCACCAGGCGCACGGAGCGGCCCAGCGUCCGACCUCGGGCUGCUCCGGUGACAGCAGCUCACAGUGAGAGGGUGAGAUCAGGUACGGCCCACAGAGAUUUCACAGAGGUCAGAGGUCAGAGGUCGUCCUCCUCCUCCUGCUCACAAAAACUCACUAUGAACGACGAGCAUGGAAAAGUGAGCUCUUUUUUUCCUCGACUCUCAGUCAUGUGACGUAGAUGCUGUUCAUGACAGUGUGAGAGGGACAGUAAACGAGAGAGGAGCGACGCGUCCACGCGGCGUCCUCUGUCUUUACAUUGUCUCCAUCUUAUCAGUAUGAGGUCGUUUGUGGACUGAAUAUAAUAAACAACAGACGAUGAGAGGACGGCAUUUGGAGCAGGUUUUUUAAUAAUUCAGGUGAAGAUCCGCUGUCAUUUUGAUAAAAUUCAUCACGUUGGCUGAGUAAAGACCUGAUUUACUAUGUUGUUAAACCAUCAUACGUCACUAGGGCUGCAACAAUUGUUAUUACUAUUUUGAUAAUGGAUUAUUUCAGUUUUUCAGCUGCUUCAAUGUGAAUAUUUUCUGGUUUCUUUUCUGCAUUUGACAAAGAAAUGAUUAAAAAUGAGAAUAUCAUCAUUUCCAGGUUUGGGAAACAGCGAUCACCACAAUAUUUAAUGGACCAAACAAAUACUCGAUUAUUCGAUGAUGAUGAUAAUGUUUAGUUGCAGUAAACUUUUCUGAAAUAGAAACUCGCUGUGCCUCUUAAACCCUUAAACACGUUAAAUCUCCUAUUAUUUUGUUCCACUUUCAUUUUCUCCAUCCCUCUCAACAACAUGUGUUUAUGUAUUAUAUCUGCUUUCAUUCCCUUCAGUGUCUCUUGCCAUAAUCUUCUGUACAGGGAUGAUAUUCCUUCUUUUAUUCCAUUGACUUUAUUCUAAUGGUCUAUAUGUGUUUUUUAAUGGUGACGUGUGUUUUUCUCAGUAUUAUGACAGUGUUUUUUUGCUCAUUCUGUAAAUGUUACUGUACAGACAGUCCUGGUGACACACACACACACACACACACACACACAACAUUUCUGUCCAUACAAACCAUAAAUUCCAUGAAACAGUGGUGAGUGCCCUGUUGUCGCACAAUUUUACCUUUUAUUUUAUUUUUUAAACUACGCUCUUCAGAUUUCAUAUCAGAAAAUGUUAACUUGUGUUUCUUUUUUGUGAAAAUAAACACAUUUGUCGUUUUUUUGUCAUAGAGGCCGACGUGCCUUUACUCUUUUCCCCUUGUGUUAAAAUAGAGUAAUAAGCAGGAGAAAUAGCAGCAGUCUGACGUUUGUGUCACUGCUGUUUUCUCAUUAAGUUGAAAAAUACAAGAUUUAUUCCUUCUUCCCUGGUUGCGAGGCAGUGGAUUUCUAUUCAGAGCAUGAAGAAAAUGAAAUGUGACGUUGAAUUUUGUGCAGUUUUGAAACAAUGGGUUUUAUAAAAAAUGUAUAAAGUUAAAAAAAAACA